AUGUCACGAUUCGAGCAGGAUAAAGAGAGUACAUUAUAUGUGGGCAAUUUGGAUGAGCGAGUGACGGAUGCCCUUGUGUGGGAACUUCUCCUCCAAGCCGGCCGAGUAGUCAACGUCCACCUCCCCAAGGACAGAGUGACCGGCAUCCACCAAGGCUUCGGUUUCGUGGAAUUCGCCAGCGAAGACGACGCCGACUACGCCGCCAAAAUCAUGAACCAGAUCCGCCUCUGGGGAAAGCCCAUCCGCGUCAACAAAGCCUCCGCCGACAAACGCACCGGUCCUGGCGGCACAGCCGAAAACGCCGGCAUAGGAGGCGGCGCAGGCGUCGGCGCCGACUUGUUCAUCGGAAACCUCGACCCCUUAGCCGACGAGAAAACGCUGUACGACACUUUCUCCCGGUUUGGACCCCUCAUAAACGCCCCCAAGAUCGCACGCGACGAUGGCGGGGUGAGCAAAGGAUAUGGGUUUGUCAGUUAUGCGGAUUUCGAGAGCUCGGAUGGCGCGGUGGAGAAGAUGCAUGGCGGGUUUUUGAUGAAUCGGGAGGCGGUGGUGCAGUAUGCUUAUAAGCGGGAUGGGAAGGGGGAGAGGCAUGGGGAUGGUGCGGAGAGGGCGCUGGCGGAGCAGGCGAAGAGGCAUGGGGUUAAGGUUGUUAUUCCGGCUUUACCGGCCGGGUUGGUGGGCGGGGCGCCGACGGGGCCGCAGGGGAUGAUGGGGAUGGGGAUGGGGAUGAAUGGUGGGAUGAAUGGUGGGAUGAAUGGUGGGAUGAAUAAUGGUGGUGGGAUGGGUGGGUAUGGUGGGAUGCAGAAUGGACUUACUGGAGCUGGACCACCGCAGCAGCAACAACAGCAACAGCGAACGCCGCAGCCCCCUCCAGCUUUCAACCCUUAUCAACAGCAGCAGCAGCAGCAGCAGCAACAACCAUACCAGCAAGCACCAGGCUACGGCGCUCCCCCCUCUCUCCAACCACAAAAUAUUCCAAUGGGCUACCCCCCGACCAUGGCCCCACCCAUACCACAACCAUACUCUCACCUCCCGCCCACACCAACAUACGCACACAACCCUCUUCCGCCCCCACCCGCAGGCUUCCCACAAGUACCGCAGGGAUUCCCACCACCGCAUAUGAACGGCUCAGCCCCUUCUCCUCUUCCUCCGGGGAGGAAUUACAACCAAUCCCCUCUCAACUCGGCACCGGCUGGGGCGGGUUUGCCGGCGCGUCCACCGCCUAGUACUGCCGGAUUCGGGAGUGCUCCGCCUGGGAUACCACCGCAAGGGUUCCCGCCUGGACAAGGGCCGCCACCGGGGUUUAGACCCCCGGGACAGGGACAGGGACAGCAGCAGCAGCGGUAG